UUGCUGGUAUUUAAAGACGUGAUGCGUGUAUAGCAACAGCUGCAUAUUCUCUCCCUCUCCUCGCACACAUGCAAUUUUUGACGAGGUCUAGGUGGUUUUCGUUUUUGAAGAAAUUCCAAAUCAUGACGAUUCCAAAGCCGCGACAGAAGCUGGAUUACCGCAACAAGCUCAUGCUGGCACCCAUGGUGCGGGUGGGCACCCUGCCCAUGCGUCUGCUGGCCCUGGAAAUGGGCGCUGACAUCGUUUACACCGAGGAGCUGGUCGAUCUGAAGCUAAUCAAAAGCAUUAGGCGGCAUAACCCCGCCCUGGGGACUGUGGACUUUGUGGAUCCCUCGGAUGGGACGGUGGUGUUUCGCACUUGUGCCUUGGAGACAUCGCGUCUGGUCCUGCAAAUGGGCACCAGCGAUGCGACACGUGCUCUGGCCGUGGGUAAGCUGCUGCAGCAGGACAUUUCCGGCCUGGACAUCAAUAUGGGCUGCCCCAAGGAGUUCUCCAUCAAGGGUGGCAUGGGCGCAGCCCUGCUGGCGGACCCCGACAAGGCUGCUCUCAUUCUGCGUACACUGUGCUCCAAUCUGGACAUUCCCGUGACCUGCAAAAUCCGAAUUCUUCCCGAUCUGGAUGACACCAUUAGUCUGGUGCAGAAACUGGCCGACACAGGAAUUGCGGCCAUCGGUAUCCAUGCUAGAACCCGCGAUGAGCGUCCACAGCAUCCUCCCCAUCCUGAUGUGCUGCGUGCCGUGGCCAAGGCUGUCUCCAUACCCAUCAUCGCCAACGGAGGCUCCCGAAACGUGCAAAAGUACGAGGAUAUUCUGAAAUUUCAGCUGGAAUGUGGCGCCGAUAGCGUAAUGGUGGCCCGAGCCGCUCAAAUCAAUGUCAGUAUAUUUCGGCGCGACGGUCUCCUGCCCAUGGACGAGCUGAUCGAAAGGUAUCUGCGGCUUUGUGUGGACUACGACAAUGCCCCGCACAAUGCAAAAUAUUGUGUCCAGAACAUGCUCAAGGAGCUGCAGGAGACGCCGCGUGGUAAGCGAUUCCUUCAAUGCCAGACGCUGCAGCAAAUAUGCGAGAUCUGGCAUCUGGGCGACUACUGUCGCCGCAAGCAGAAAGAGCUGCGCACCCUCGGAAAUUCUGGACGGGCAGAGGUCGAGCCACCCGAGGCACAGGCCAAGCGACAGAAACUGGAAGAGGCGGCCACUGCCAUCACGGAUGAGUAUGAGGGCGUCAUCUGUCGUAGCAUGCCAUUUUUAAGGUCCACCUAUGCCAGUGACAAUCAUCUGCCCAAGACCGUACUGUAUGUGUACGCUGGAAAGAUGGGCAAAUCCCCGCCUGCCUAUGAGACGCAGCAAUGCGAUAAGCUGUUCCGUGCCAUUUGCAGCUACGACGACCAACGCUACAGCAGCACCUUUUGGGAGAAGAACAAGAAGCAGGCCGAACAGGGGGCGGCUCUGGUGGCCCUUUUGCAUAUCGGGCAGCUUCAAGAAGAGCCCCUGCGUGAGAAUGGCAGUCUGAUCAACUGACGAAACACUGAAGAAUGUAAAUAUAUGAUUUUGUCCUUUUAUCCUUUGAUUUGAGUAGAAAUUCA